ACCAGCCAUCUUGCUCCAUCUCUCUUCCGCCAGGCCUCACAGCUCCCAUCUCGCCGACAUCGCUGCCAAUUGCUCCCCGUCCGAGUCAAUUGCCCUUCCCACAGCUUCAUCAUGUCUUUCGUACGCUCUACUGCCCUCCGCGCCUCCUCGUUCGCCCGAUGCGCACGAACGGCAAGACUGGUUCGCACUGCCGAGCUCCAGCAGCCCUGGCAACGAGCCAUCCAGAGGAGAUCAUAUGCCUCGGCCCACGGUUCUGAGUCGAAGAAGAGCGAUUUGCCAUGGGCUGUCUCUGCCGUUGCCAUGACGGCUGUUGGUCUCUACGUAGCCGUGAACCAGGAUACCGGUGGCCACCACGACGAACACCACGACGAGCACCACGAUGAGGCUCAUGAGAAGCACGCAGAGGAGUCUCACGAGGAAGAACCCAAGGAAGAGGAGAAGACUGAAGAGCCAUCCGAGGGAAAGUCUGAGGAGAAAUCCGAGGACAAGCCCGAAGAAAAGUCCGAGUCUGAGCCGGAAGAAAAGAAGGAGGACCAAACUACGUCGUCACCCGACAAGAGCGACAAGCCGGACCCCCGUGGAGAGCCCAAGUCUUCGAAUGAGACAUCUGGCAAGCAGGAGGGCAUGUCGAAUUCGGAUACGCACCACACCUCUGAGAUUAGCAAACACCCCGAGAAGAGCAAGAAAGGAGAGGGCGUUGCUGAAACCGCCAAGCUCAAGGGCACUGUCUCUACUGAACGACCUGGUGCUGAGAACAAGGAAGAGCGCGGCAACGCUCAGAUCGACAAGAAGGAGUAAUUCCUCGCUUUGCAGCUCCCUACUUCUAGGAAGAUUCCCUAAUCUUCUC